AUAAGUAGUUGUUUACAAAAAUCAUUUUCAAAGAAAUAUGUUUAUUUCUGUUCUUUAUUGCCAUUUACUUUGAUUUGUGUAUUAAUUAUAUUUUUUAAACCAUGAGUUAUUCUGAUUCCCAAAGUGAAAUUUUAGCUGAGGGCUCUGCUCAAGAUGUGCGAAUCUUGAGUUUGCAAAAUCUGAUUGAGAAGAAUAUUGAGAUUGAGCAACAGAUUGAAAAUAAAACUUUUGACCAAAACAUCGCGGCAAUCGAGGAAAUCAUUCGAACAGCAAAUGAUAUCACAAAGGGCCAUGAAGACCGUCGUACAAACUCGACAGAACUUGUUCUGGACACGGAAUUAUUGAGACGCAAUCACGAAGUUGUUGGAAAAGCUAUUCAACAUAACACCAAUUUUACAGACAGAAUGGUGAUCACGGCAAUUAACGAAUUGGUUUUUAAAGAACACGAAGAAGAUUGGGACGCUCUAUGCGCUCUUGCUAUUCCAUUCGGAAGACCGCUCUUCACAAGCGAUAGUAUGCUUCCCUUCAUAGAUGUUACUCCAAAAGAGGUCAACGCCAAACAGCGCGCUCCACGAAAACAGAAAUCUCAAGUGGAGGAAAAGCGUCCUAAGAGGAGUGAUAAAUUGGAACGAAAGGACGAAGGAGCAGCCUCCGUUAGCUAUAUGCUUAGGCAAAUCAAACAAAUAUAUCGAGACGGCGAUAAUCAGCCGAUCCCGUAUUUCAAACUAAUUUGUAAUCCGAAUAACUUCAUGGACACCGUUCAAAAUGCCCUGCAAGUUUCGUUUCUUGUAAAGGAGAACUUUAUUUCCAUUGAAAAUGGCGAAGAUGGUUUACCUUUGGUUCAUGUUGUAAAUUUAAAUGAUGCAGAGGAGCGUGAGUCUGCACAAGCGAUUUGCUCUAUCGAUGUGUCCUUCUGUGAGAAAAUGGCAAAGCACUACAACCUACAUGAGCCGAUGCUGAAAAGACUUCCAGUUGAUGAUAGUUAAAUAUAUGUAGCUUUAUUUUUGUAUUAAAAGUUCAUGUAUUAAUAAAGUAAAAAGUAUAAACAUCGAAUAUAAACCUUUGGGAAAAUGUCAUGUUAAUUUGCACAU